UAGUACCUCUGGCUCGUCAUCUAUGGACAGAAGCAAGAAUGAGGCUUUACAUGCUAAGGGAUCAUCCAGAUUGAAAAGGAAAGCAGAAGAUGUUGAUUGUGCAGUUAGAAAUUAUAGCCCCAAAGUCAGGAGAAGUACACAGUAUAUUUCAAAUUCAGUGAUGAACCACCGUGAUGGAAAGUUCAAUGCUCAUGAUUGCCGCAGAGUUCGUAGAAAAGUAGUGAACUGGGUAGAAAUUCCAGGGAAAGUAUCGGAAGAAAUCAAACAAAUGGUUGAUCCAUUGGCUAAUAAGCUGAACCCAAGACUGAUAUGUAAGGUGGAAGAUAUAUUAACACACAUGAAGAAGGUUCAUUUGUGUGAGAUGCUUUGUCUUCAAAUUCAGUCUCAGAAAGUAUGUGACGACUUGAGUGGUGCUAAGACAAAGAGGCAUGCUGAGAGUAGAUCAUUACUCUGCAAGUUAGCAUACGAAAAAGCCAAAUUUGAGUUGCUGCACCUCAAGAAAGAGAUAAUGAUGAAAAAGUUUCAAGCAUUGAGCACCGGUGUACAAACAUCUGAAACAUUGAGGUUGAAUUGUGCCAACUUUCUACGUCAACAUGGUUUCCGUUCUACUAACUUGUUAAAUCCUAACCAAGCUGAUGAGGUUAUGAUUACUAGUAAAUGGGCGGAGAUAACACAGGAGAUCACAGAAUUGGACUCAAAAAUCAAGAAGUUGAUUCAAUGUUUUACGACGUUCGACACAAUGACAGAAGAACCGGCAAAUGCAGACACUAUUAAAAUUGCUGAAGAUACUUUAAAAAAGAGAAUGAGUUGCAGAUACAUACGUCAUGAUAUUCUGGUCUGGAAAGUUGACAGUUUGGGUGAACGGAAUGAUUGUCAAAGCAUUGUUCUAAACUAUAGUGGCCUUUUCAACCAAAGGCUCACAUUAAAGCCUGGUCAUCCUUCAUGUGUACUAGUUUCAAACAGUUUCAGUGAUACAUUUGUUAAGCAUUUCCCAGAGCUGAAUGUUUCAGUUGCAUUUAACUCGUUGUUUAACGCUGAAGACUCCCAAAAGUAUAUCGGUUGUUCCAAUAUAUUGUUUGUGAUUACACAGAAAACCAGUUUGGUCCUACACAAUCUGCUAAAUGUGGCUGAGGAAUUUCAUUUAGCUCAAAUGAAUAUACCAAAUUUGAUCCAAGGAAACUUUGAUUCUCCAUCAGCGGAGCAGCUUCAUUUGCAGAUUAGCUUUCUUGAUUGCACAAACUUGAGAAAACUAAUUGUGAUUCUCGAUGUGGCAUGUUUGAUCCAUGGGAAGUAUCCUGGUGAUGUAGUUCCCUGCGAAUUACUUGAAGUUACAAGCGCAAAUAGAGACGGUGUUGCAUCGAAACAACUGAAGAACGAAAUAGAAUCUGCAAUGGAUGUUGUUGGAUUGGGAUAUCCUCGGAUAUUGAGACUCUGUCGUUGCAUUUCGAAAGUGUUGCAAUCACAAAAGAGAUGAUGUCUCCUUUCAUAACACUUCUUAUUUGCUGGUUUUGUUUUUGUAAAUAUGGCACUAGGGCUAUUACUUCUUGUACUACUAGUCGUCUAGUGCCUUUAACCAAAAGAUUAACUUUGUCACAGUCCCCAGUUUAAUCUUGGGUUUUGUACUUUUGUAUAUGUAACGUCAAGUAGUCUUCCUCGUCUUGGGUCUCUUA